UCACUAAUUGUUACAAUUUAUUAAUUUCUAAUUCGCAAGUUGUUUUGAGAUUUUAAUCUUUUUCUUAAUAGAACCAUGAAGUUUAUGUGUUUCCAUCUGAAGAAUUGGAAAUUAUCGAUCGGUGGUUGCUUAGUUUUUGGAAAAAAUAACAAACCAAAUUUUGGUUGAUUGAUUUUUUGUUUUUUUCCUUCAUUUUGGUUAAUCAAUUAUCUGAUUAUUUGAUAAUUAUUGUUAAUUGUUACCUGGUUUUGGGCUGUUUGUGAUUAGUUAUGAGAUUUAAAAUCUACACUUCAACGACUAAUCACAAUGAUUUUGCUACUUGUGUCGGUUGGUUGAAUGGUGAUGAAGUUUUAACCGCUGGUGAUGAUCAUAAAUUGUUAAUCUGGAAUAAUAGUAAUCGUGAAAUACUGCGAACAAUCAAUUUACCUGAUGAUUUAUUUCCAACAGAUCUUCACGUUUACCCUAAAUGGAAUUCAGGGAAUCGACAAAAAAGUUCCGAUUUAUUUUUAAUCAGUUCAACGGAUGGUUGUUAUCAUAUAUUCAGUCGAACAGGUAAAUUAGAAAAAUCAGUCGACGCCCAUAAAGGUGCAAUUCUUGUAAUAAAAUGGAGCUCCGAUGGAACCGCUUUGGCCACUGGAGGUGAAGAAGGUCAAGUCAAAGUUUGGUCGAAAAGCGGAAUGUUAAGGACAACGUUAACUUCCCACCCGACGCCGGUUUACUCAUUAGCUUGGUCACCAUCGAACGAUUCAAUAAUUUAUACAAUUGAUUCGAGUCUUGAAAUAAAACCACUCUCUUCAAAAAGUAAACCAAUCCUAUGGAAAGCUCAUGAUGGAAUCAUUUUAAAAGUCGAUUGGAAUCAAUGUAACAAUACAAUAAUCAGCGGUGGGGAGGAUUGUCGAUACAAAGUCUGGGAUAGUUCAGGACGAUUACUUUUCACAAGCGGAAUCAAUGAUUAUCCAAUUACAUCGUUAACAUGGUCACCUAAUGGAUCACUAUUUACCGUUGGAUCUUAUAAUUCACUUAAAUUGUGCGAUAAACAUGGUUGGGCUUACAGUUUAAAUAAACCUUCCGUUCAGAGUAUCUUUAACCUUUCCUGGUCUCCGGAUUCAACUCAGAUCACUGGUGUCACCGGUAACGGAAGUGUCAUUUUCGCCCAUGUAAUUGAUAAAUCAAUUGAUUGGAUCAAUUAUCAAGUUCGCAGUUUAAGUCAACGUAUCUUACGGAUUAAAGAUAUUUUAACAAACACUGAAGAAGAUAUUGAAUUUCGUGAGAAUAUAACCAAAUUUAAUCUCGAACAUGGACAUUUAAUUGUUCUUACAACUAGUCAAUGUAACAUUUAUCGUACAACCAAUUUAACUGCACCAUUUACAUUUGAUUUGAAAGAUUCUACAAUUAAUUGUCUCCUACAAUCAGUAUCUUCAUUUCUUUUGGUUGAUUCGACAAAUGUUUACCUUCACUCAUAUGAUGGUCGAUUUCUGAACAAUUUCAAGUGGAUUGGAUUGCGAAUUGAUUUUCUCAAUCAAUUAACACUCUCUCUCAGUCCUGAAACUUUAGCUGCUAUCGAUGCCAACGAUAAUAAAGUUGUACAUUUUGUUGAUCUUUCAUCGGGAAAACCAAUUACCUCGAACCCAAGUCUUAAACAUAAAUCGGAAAUAAUCACGAUUGCUCUUGAUUCAACUGGAUCUCCCAACGAGCGGAAAUUGGCCUUUAUCGAUAAGAAUUGUGACCUUUAUCUGACUCUGAUUCGACCAAGAACAGUAUCAAAUCGAACGAUUAAAAUUCAUUCAAUGAUUAGGCAGAUUAUCUGGUGCGAUGUCGCAAAUAUGUUGGCCGCUUUAGGUGAAAAUGGUCGAAUCACCGUUUGGCUUUAUCCACAAUCGGGUUUCAUUGAUAAACAAUUGCUAUCAAUUGCUGUUCUCGAAAAGGAUUGGUCUGAUAGUUCAUCGAAAAAUUUACAGUUAAUCAAUUUCCACACUAAUCAUUUAACACUCCGUUUAUCUGAUGGUUCACCGGUUCAAUAUUCAAUCAGCUCAUUUCCCAGAAUUUUACAUGGCUAUGUUAUCAAUGGAAAAUGGACUGAGGCCUUACAAUUGUGCCGAUUUCUAAAAUCAUCACCUGAUCAUUUGCCUCUUUGUGCUUCAUUAGCUGGAAUGGCUCUUAAUUGUCACAAUUUAGACAUUGCUGAACAAGCAUAUGCAGCCAUUGAUAAGGUGGAUAAAGUUUUGUACAUUCAACGAGUACAAAAAUUAUCGGAUUCGGUUGCUCGAAACGCUGAGAUCGCGCUAAUUUGUGGUAAUAUAAAAGAAGCGGAAAAUAUUUUAAUCGCUGGUAAAAAUAUUCUCAGAGCAAUUCUAAUUAACUUGGAAAUGUACAAUUGGAACAGAGCUUGUGAUUUAAUGGACAAACACGAUAAUAAACAACGAACCUAUGGUCAGGUCGUUUUGUAUUAUCGGCAAAAGUACUUGGAAAGAUUUGAUAAAACCGAAGAUAAUAAAAGAUUAAAGAAAUUAGCUGAUGAGAUUGAAAUCAACAAUUACGAGCAAAUUGAAUUGAUGAUUAAUGAUCCAUACAAACAUGAAACAAUUUAAUCCAUAUGAUUCCACUCACUGAUUAUCGGGGUCGUUUAAAUUGUCCAGAGUUUUGGCAUACUGAUACUAAA